AUGAUUUCGGUUCUACUUAGUGGAUCUUUUCAAAUUGGACCAAAGUCAAGAGCGUUUAAACAAAAGAUUAUCAUGGUUGUUCCGUCUUCGUGGAUGAAACAUAAAAUGACGUUUUAUCAUUUAGUUUUGGAUAAUUCUGAAUUAUGGAUACUUGAAUCGAAUAAUAUGUCAUCAUUUUACGAAAACUUACUUUCUAUCAUCUCUUAUCAUAAAAGAAUGGGGUUUCCUAUUUUAGGUCGACUUAAUUUUCGUGACCACUUGGCCUUGGUAAUUGUCAAGAGUAAAUUACUUUCUUCUCGUUCUUCCGUUUUGACGCAUUAUAUGUUUUUCAUGAUACUGAUAGAGUCAUUAACGACUUGUGAUUUUGUUAUUAGGUUAUUUUCGAUGAGGUAUCAAGACACUCGAACACCCCCCGCCAAGGUUAUCCAAUAUUCAAAAAAUUUUCAAGAAAUGGUUGAGUAUUGGGGAUAUACUAUGGAAGAACAUAUUGUAAAGACUCAAGACAAUUAUAUCCUCGGUAUUCAUCGUAUACCGACGGGAAAACCUCAUGAUAAUGAAACAUCAGCAGAAUCAAAUAUCAAAUCUAUUUUCAAUGAUUGUGGGAUUUCUCUAUCGACCAUUCGAACAAAUUAUUCGCGUUCUUCAAAAGAGAUAAAACCGGUGGUAUUAUUGUAUCAUGGACUUAUGAUGUGUAGUGAGGUAUGGAUCUGUAAUUUGGAAGAAGAAAGACAAUUACCUUUUCUAUUAGCUGAUGCUGGUUAUGAUGUUUGGCUUGGAAACGCUCGUGGUAAUAAGUAUUCUAUGAAACAUGUCAAGUAUAAACCAAGCGAAAGUCGAUUCUGGGAAUUUUCCAUAGAUGAAUUUGCUCUCUACGAUUUACCGGAUACAAUCGAUUAUAUUCUCGAGACUACUGGUGCCCCCUCACUUACAUAUAUUGGAUUUUCACAAGGAACUGCGCAAUCUUUUGCAGCCCUUUCAAUUAGCCCAAAAUUAAACAAAAAGGUCAAUCUCUUUAUUUCGUUGGCUCCUGCCACUAACCCAAAAGGUUUGCAAAAUCCUAUUGUCGAUGCUUUUAUCAAAGCUUCGCCUAACAUUGUAUAUCUUUUCUUUGGACGUAAGGCAUUUUUGACGAUGACAAUGUUUUGGCAAAGAGUGUUAUAUCCGCCGAUUUUCACCGAGCUUCUUGACAAGAGUAUGAAAUUUUUAUUUGGUUGGAAAGGGAUGAAUAUGACAAAAGAACAAAAGGCCGUAUCAUAUUAUCAUCUAUAUAGUUUCACAAGCGUAAAAAGUUUAGUGCACUGGUUUCAAAUUAUAAGAGCGAGUAAUUUUCAAAUGUAUGACGAAUUACCACCGUAUUUAUCGAUGGGACAUAGUUGUCAUAAUUUUCCUACUAAACAAAUUAAAACGCCCAUUGGAGUAUUUUAUGGUGGAAGUGACAGUUUAGUUGAUAUUGGAUUUCUCUUAAAACAAUUGCCUGAACCUGUGUUUGUAAAAGAAGUUCAACCUUACGAACAUUUGGAUGUGCACAAGACAGUUUUCCCUGAAUUAUUUGAAUUAUUGAAUAAAUACAAUGUAUAUCAUUGUAAACAUGAAGAUGAAAUUGAAAAUGAAUAUCAACAUAUUAAUAAUUGA